UCAAACUCUUCCGGGGUAAUGCCAUCACGCUGUGCGCGUCAGCCGUCGCCGGAAAGGUUUGUCUAGCGCCUUGUGAAAACGUCGAACCGAGUGGAGACACUCGAAGUGCGAAGAAGCGUCGUCGCGUCGGUUCGGCGACGAGAUGAGCGUGGACGUGCACGCGCAGCUGGCCGCCGUCAUGGAGGCGCUCGUGCAUGCCGCCGUGGCCGAGCUCCACAAGCAGCAGGAAGACGGAAGCGGCCCGACGAGCGACGCCCACCCUGGAGACGAAGCUCCGUGGGCGGCCACCCGACGCAGAGAGAGACGCGAGAGGCUGGUAUGCUUUGCCGCCAUCUUGGAGACACUGGCCAAUGAGGCUUUGGGGAAGAUCAUCAACAUUGUGGACGACGUCAAACUGAGACGAGCCGGCGACAAGACGGCGCCGAUCGCCAUCGUCCUCAACAAGGCCUGCGUGGAGGCUGAGCACUCGUACGGCGCACCGCCCCGCCACACCCCCGCGCUGCCUCAGGAGCCACCGCCGGAUGAGCCGCCGUUGAUCCGACACGGACGCCUGGACGCCAUCGCUGAGCGCGCCGGACCGGAUGCGGUGGCUUCGGGCACCGCGCUGGAUCCCGAUGCUUGCGCGCACCGCGGCAAGUCCUCCUUGUCUCCGGGACGGGAGAAGCUGUUCGCCUGUGAGCUCUGCGGCCGCGGUUUCACCCUGAGACAAAACCUGCAGCGGCACACCCGCAGCCACAUGGGCGUCAAGUCGUUCGGCUGCGGCCUGUGCGGGAAAGGCUUCACGCGCGCCGUGGCGCUCAGGACCCACCAGCUGAUCCAUACGGGCCAGAAGCCCCUCAAGUGCCACGAGUGCCCCAAAAGCUUCCGGCACGCGGCCAACCUGAAGAACCACCUGCGCGUCCACAGCAGCGCCCGGCCCUUCGCCUGCGAUGUGUGCCCCAAGACUUUCCGCCAGGCGGUCAACCUGAAGAUCCACCGGCGCGUGCACACGGGCGAGCGGCCCUACGCCUGCCGGCAGUGCGGCAAGACUUUCAGCCAGCAGAGCAGCCUGAACACGCACGGCCGCACGCACUCAGCCCAGCGGCCCUUCGCCUGCCAGUCCUGCCUCAAGAGCUUCAACAACGCCAACAGCCUAAAGCUGCACGUGCGCGUGCACACGGGCGAGCGGCCGUACGCCUGCGACGUCUGCGCCAAGACCUUCACCCAGGGCAGCCACCUACGCACGCACAAGACUCACGUGCACGACGGCGGCAAACGCUUCAUCUGCGACAAGUGCGGAAAGGGCUACGCCAACGGCCGCAACCUCAAGAUGCACAAGUGCGGCUACACUUGAUACAUGUCAUGUCCUCUCCUCAUUUCUCUCCAAUAAAAGCUUUGGUCGUAUACCCA